CCUUGCUCCGCGCUGUCAGGAUGACAGUUCCUGAAGUGCCCCCGACCAUAGCGGUCAAGAUCUUCUCAGCUGGAGCAGCGGCCUGCGUGGCAGAUGUGAUCACCUUUACUUUGGACACCGCCAAAGUCCGGCUACAGAUCCAAGGCAAAUGCCGGUCCUCCGGUACCAUUCGGUACAAAGACGUCCUGGGAACAAUCACUACUCUGGCAAAGACAGAAGGGCCAAUGAAGCUCUACAGAGGGCUGCUUGCUGGCCUCCAGAGACAAAUAAACUUCACCUCUCUUAGGAUCAGCCUCUAUGAUACCAUCCAGGGAGAGAAAGUAAGCAAGGAGCAUUCCUGGGAGGGGCAGAUAGACAUGUCCUGGGCCCAGCUCUGUCCAAAGAAAUGGUUACCCACAGGGCAGUGGUCUUCACAACAAAUUGGCCAACAAACAUCAGUGUCUGAACCCACAGGGCAGGGCAGACAGGUAAGCUGUUUCCCACUUCCCAUUCAGAAAGCGAAGCAAAACAAAAUUUCCUCUCCCCUCAAAAAAGAGGAAAAGACCAUUAAGCAAGAGGAGACAAAAUUUGGUUUGGCGGGACUAUUUGUACCUUCCUUCUGGUGACUGGGAUCCUGGAACGUCAUCCCAUUUGUGUGCUUUGAACAGCUGAAACAAGAGUUGAUGGAGUCACGGCAGACUGUGGACUGUGCGCAUAAUUGGCUCCGGGAAAGAAUUGAACAGACCAGUGGGAAUCUGUGCUAA